CAGGUGAUAUUUAUCUGAUCCAAUUCUUAGCAUCCUUUACUGGGGAAUGCUGGGUGCGCGGGCGGGGUCGGUUUUCCUUGCAGUGCCCCUUAGUGCGAUGUGCAUGACGGGACAGAACAGGCAGAGCAGAGAGCAGCGCAGAAGGAAAACAUCGGAGAGAGGCAGGUUGUAAUAACGCUAAUUAACCAUACAUAAUCUUUGAAUUCUUAAUAUUUGCAUCAUGGAUGUAUCAUUCCUCAGUUCUCGAUAAACAUUGGCGCUUGCGCCAUUAAACAUUCGGACAUUUUGUACCUCUUUGUAGCAGAAUACAGUGGUCCAUAAAGAGCCGAGGGGAGAGAAAUAUUUCACUGCUCUGACCGGUAAAAUAUAAAAUAAUAUCUCGCGCAGGAAUUAAUAAUGGCGUGGCCCUGCAUCACCAGGGCGUGCUGUAUGGCCCGCUUCUGGAACCAGCUGGACAAGGGGGACAUUUCGGUUCCAUUGGUUUUCACACGGUACGAUGUCUCCGAGAUGCAGCAUCUUCAGCUGCAGCAUCAACAAAAACAGCCGCAUCAUCAGGCGCAGGCGAAUACGGUCGCCAUUGAAACCCAACCCGCGCAUAACGGGGACCAGGCGGUAGAGGCUCGUGGGCAUCCUGCGACUGAAAACGCUGCGUCCGAAGAGUAUGCGUGUGGUUCUGUAAUGCGCCAAGACUUUAAGCACUGGAAAGUGCGCCCUGAGCCGAGCUGUAAACCUAAGAAUGAAUAUCACACUCCCGAGACGCCUUUCAACAAUAAGACCCAAUAUCAGAAGGAUUUCAAGCCCUGGCCCAUUCCGAAAAGGAGUGACCAUCCUUGGAUUCCCAGACCCAGUUCCUCUAUCUCCAUCGGCACUGAUCGCAUCCAGGAUAGGUCCAAACAUUCUCAUGCACUUAAGGAGGUUGACACUGGUGCUGAGAAAAGCGAAAUUGCUGACCAAGUGCAAGAGAAAGAAAUUGUGGGAGAGAGUAAAAAGAAAACUGUGGAGAAGGAUGGUGAAAAGAAAGUUAGUAUCAAAGUGGAGAGGCAAGAUGCAGCAGGAGCCAGAGGCAGGGCUGCGCUGGAUGAGCUAAACAGACAGUUAAAACGAGAAGUUACAGUUGGGAGCUCAUACAAGACUGAGUUCAAAGCCUACAGGGAUGUAAAGCCAGUGAAGAUGAUCCGAGCCAAGUCCCAGUUCCUGCUCCCUGAUGAGAAGACCAGCCUGGAGACCAGCUAUAGUGCCACAUAUAAAGGAGUGCAGGCCCAGCAGCAGCCCAGUGACAACAAGGCUCUGGACAGAAGGAGGAUACGCAGUCUGUACAAUGAGCCUUAUAAAGGGCUACAGGAGACCAAGGUUGAGAGGUCUAACAGUGCUCCCAGAUCCAAACCCAAAAAGUCUGGCACCACUUCAGCGGGCCAGGGGGGCAAACCUGUGAAGAAAGCCAAAGAGCAAAAGCAUCAUGGCAGUCCAGCUCUACGUGGUACCAAGAAAACCUCAGAGAACCAGCCCACUAAGUCCAAACCUGCAGAGGGGGACAAGGAGAAAAGUAAAGAGAUGAACAACAAACUGGCUGAGGCAAAAGAGGUUGUGCUAAAACAGUACCACUACAUACAGCUCUGUCAGCCCAUCCGUGAUACAGGCUGGGUGCAGACGCUAAAGCAACACCUAUGGGGCUGUGCACUACCCAUCCCAAGAGAGUCUAAUGAAGAUGUUCCCCGACCCAGUGAUCUUCAUUCCCAUGGUGCCGUUGGAGGAGAACCCGAAUCACCGGAGGAAAGACAAGAACCAAGGAGGAGCGGCGGAGUGGUGCGCUUUGCCCCAGAUGUAAAGUAGAAAAGAUCUACUAGACAUCCACUGUAGGCCUGAUGUGGACAGGGAGGGACCGCUGUCCUAUUUGACAUAUUUAGUAUUUUAAACUGAGUUCAGUUAGAAAAGGGAAAUACCCCAUUAAGAACUAUCCUGAAGGAGGUGUUUGACCAUAUAGGAUGCACGUAACUUGUUUGAAACAGCUUUAUGGCAGUGCGGUCAUAGCUGUUUAAGCAAUUGCAAUCGCGAAAGGUGCUAUGAGUUUAAUUUAUUUUAACUGCUAUGGUUUUAGAAGAAUGUUUUAUUUGUAAUGAUGUUAGAAAUGCCAAACCAUUUGUGCUUCAAUAACCAAAGUGCUUAUUGAAAAUAAUUAAACAGUACUGUAUAUUGAGCAAUUCAAAUGCAAAUAAAUAUGGAUAACUUGCU